GAUUUGACACGAGCCACCGGCAUUUGAUAUGAUGACUAUCGAAACUCACGGUUGAAAGUGAUUACAUACAGUCAUCUGCGAUGAUUGGCAACCUAGUGCUGAGACUCAUUCAUUAUGUGCUUUCUCUCGGGAUAUUUGUCAAGCAUUGGAUUCUCCAUUUUCCAUAUCUUGGCUUCGCUUUCCAACAGAAAGCUUUGGCCGGAAGUCUAAGUUAUGGUCUGCAAACACAGAUUGAAGCUGACGCAAGAUCGUUUCAAAAGUUACCACAUCAUUUGGGUUUGCUAGUCUUGGAGAACGAUGUCUCAUUUUCAGACAUUGCUAACUUAAUUGUCUGGUCGAUAACCCUUGGAAUUUCCUAUAUCAGCGUAUUUGAUAUCAAUGGUGAAUUCAAAAGAAAACAUGACCUUUUAAGAGAAGAGAUACGCAAAAGUCAGCAGUCCAUAUCUGACACAGAGAAUAGCAAACACAAUAUACAUAUACAUUCAAGUUUUACUGACAGACGAAAUGUCUCUCAAAAUGGUUGUCACAGUGGCAACAGUGUGCACAUACAGUUGCUGAGUACAGAGGAUGGUCGGCAUGAUUUGGUUCAGACCGCCCGCGAGCUCUGUCUCGAGGUGAUGGAGAAACGACGAAGGAUAGACGAUAUAUCACCUCAAUCUUUAGAUAAUUUAUUGCAAGAAAUUCAUAAGUUCCCUGAUCCUGACCUGGUGCUUAAGUUUGGUCAGACAGAUUCUCUGUUGGGUUACCUCCCCUGGCAGAUGAGACUUGCAGAAAUAUUGUGCAUUCCAUCACAUACAUCUAUUCGAUACAAGUCAUUCAGUACAGCAAUUCAAAACUUCUCCAGUAUCAACCAGCGCUUCGGCAAGUAGAAGAAACCAGCAGCAGUAAGGAUCCGUAGGAUAAAUUCAUCACCAUAUACUAUUACUCCAUGUCUGAAGAAUACAAUCAUUCAUCAGUAUAUACACCGCGUCAGGAGACCUUGGUGGAAAUCAUGACAGCAUUGUCUAUAGAAAUUAGUCCUCUGUGAAGUGUUAUAUGUCUUUCAAUCCAGUGAGUUGAGUAUGAUGUCGCUUAUCUCUGUCGUGUACAAGUAUGUGUUAGCAUGUAACGAGUAAGACUGGGGAUUUUCGAUGAACAAUUCGUUGAAUUAUUUGCCACAUGUAUUAUCUUUUUAACAACUUCAAGAAUGGGGAUUUUUGAAGAAUAGUUUGUCCAGAAAUUUGUAGGUCAAUGGCAUAUUCCUUAAAAUCAAAGAAGCUAAAUUUGGGGAGUCAUACAGAUUAUCGUAAUGAUCUACUGAAAGCCCGUAUUCUAGAAAUCUUUAUUUCCCGAGUUGUUUGAUAUGUAAAUAUGUUAUAUCAGGGUCUUGUCAUACUGAGAAGAAAAAUCUGUUAUAAGUUCAGGUAAUGAAUUGACAAAAAUAAAAAUAUUCUAUAAAAAUUUAAGUAUCAAAUUAAAGGGUAAUUUUGUGCAUGAAAUUAUAGUUUAGAUACAACAUGUCAAUCUACCUUUGUUGUAACAAAGCAAAUUAAGCUAACUUAGUAAAGGUACUUAAAACAGUUUAUCUUGUGUUUAAUACAAUAAAGCAAAGUGUAAUAUGGACCCCAGGGGAAGUUACAGAAGAAGUCGGUCGAUAAAAGAAAUGGUCAAUUUGAUGUAUUGGGCAACUGAAAAUGGAACAUGAUAUUUUAAAGAGGAGUUCACUUAAAGGCACUUGAUAUCAAACAAACUAAAUUAUAUACAAUAUAUGUAUUUUUUUAGGAAAUAAUGAUAUUAACCAGACUUUGACAUUAAUAGAAAUCUACUGUAUUACACAUCAUGAAUUCAAGCCUAACCUAGAGUGCUUCAUACAAACUAACAUUUUCCCCGACAUAUUUUUAAUCAUAUCUUAUUUAUCUGACAAAGGCAAGUUAAUUUACAAAUGGUAUAAAUAACAAUUAAAAAGGAAGAAUAUCAGGGAUACAUUAUCUGACCAUCGUGAAUCUGGGAAUCUGCUGUUACCAAACAUUUGUUUUAUUUCAGGAAAGUAGUAUUUUUUCCUGCAUGGCUCCAGUUUCAGACUGGGAACGAAAUCCACUCAAAUCAUGACAUUAGAAUGCAUUUUCAUUUGUGAUUUUCUAAAACUUUUUUAGUAUUAGCGUUUUGCUAUAGCUGGCACCUAUGAGUUUCACAAUCAUUGAUUGAACAUGUUCAACCAAUUGAAAUGCUUCAUGCCAAAUGCCCAGUGAAAAUGAGUGUUUGUUCGUAGAAUUUCUAUUUUUGAUACAAGAUCAUCCAUGCUGUGCUUGAGCACAUCAUUUCUACACAAACAGCCAUAUUUGACCUGACCUAAAACACAAACAAAAGUUGUAAUCACUUAACCUGUGUUAAAAUCACUUACAGCUGGAAAUUUCUAGAUCUGACCCGAACAAAAAGAAAACGGUUUGCUGGGCGGCAUUUGUCCUCAGUAGUGAGACAAUUUUAUGAGGAUGGCUAAUAUUUGUACACAGUUUUGCAUACUGAAGAAGAACUUUAUUAAAUUCUGUUUCACCUUGAAAAAGUCUCUGUAUGUUUGUGACAUACAAUGUAGUAGGUACAGAAGCAGUUCUGGCCUGAACCUACCUGGGUUAUAGUGAUCAUCUUUCUGUGGCUCACCAAAGAAACCAAAAACAAUCUCUGCAAUUGAGAUCAACAUAAUGCAAUGCAUCUGCUAGGGAAAUGUAUGGUUGGCCUUUAAGUUGAUAAAAUUAACAAUUUACUCACAAAUACUCUUAAAAAAAACAAAGAUUUUUUCAUCAAUACCAGGAAUAAAUUCAAAUACAGAGUAAGGAUAGUUUGGCAUUUCAUAAUACAACGUUUUUCAAUCAAUUUAAGUCAAUAUAUCACUCUACUUUAUGUUGAUAGGAUUGAUAUAUUACUUUUACUUAACUGUAAAUCAAAUUUGGAGCUGGUUUAUUUUAUAUUACUUUUUGGUAGCUCUUUUUCUUUUUUAAAUGCUAGCAGGUUUUUUUUCUUUUUUGCUUUUUAAUGUGAUUACCAUAUAAAAUAUCAUGAUGAAACCCAUUCUGAAGCUGUGAUUAACGUAUGUUAAUGAUUUUAUUGGAUUAUGUAAAUAUACAGUAACAACUAGAUUCUUGUAAUGGUUGCUGUUUCUUAACUCAUUUACCCCUGACAUUUAAUGAUGAACUAUUCCAACCUUUGAGUUGGAAGAGUUCAAAUGUGUCUUCAGGAGUGAAUGAGUUGAGUUAAUUUAUUUAAUACUACAGUGUAGUAAUUACCUUUAAAAGGAUAAGUUAAACUUUGUUUUACCUACAUCAUUUGUUCAGCAUAAAUGUGGCAUUAAGGAGGGAUUUCGGGAUAUGUUGAGAGGGAUAAAUGAGGUGAUGUUUAUGAAAAUUGGGACUUUGAAAGGAAUUGGGGCUUUAUGGGUCAUUUUUGGCCUCAUAAAAAGUAAAAAUUUCAAAUUGAAUUUAUUUAUCAAUUUCUGUUAUAAACAUCAUGUUGGUUAAUUGGGGCUAUCUUACUCGGUGAAAAUGUUUUCCAAUGCACAUGUGUAGAUGCCCUACUAUAGCAACAAAAUUACAUUGCUAUGCAGAAAUAGCCAAUAUAUGGUGUUUUUGGAUAACUGGCAUGCAGAAAUGAAAGCCUCUGCAUGUGACAAACAAAACUUACUUUCUAAGAAUGAACACUGGUAUGACAAUGUUUAAGCAUGCCAAAUAUCAAUUAGUUUGUUGCAUGCGGAGGCUUUCAAAAAUAGAAGAGUGUUUAGUUAAAUUCCUUCAAAAUGGCUAAUUUUCAAGAAUAUAGUGCAAAACAGACGAUAACUCGCGCAUUUUAUUAUGAAAAUGGGGAUUCAUGUCUUUCUUUGUAAUGCCAUAUCUCCUAAACCAGUUGUCGAAUAAAUCUGAAAUUUCAUAUUUGCGUACAUAUUUUUAAUAUAAUAACCAAUUCUAAAUCCCUGACGAGGCCAGAAAUGACCCUAGAUGCCCGUAGUUCUUUGUUAGCAGUAAACAAUAGGGAAAUGAAAGAAGGGAUGUUAUUACAAGGUUUUUGGUGUAUGUUGUAUACUAAUUGAUAAGUACCGGUAACAGAAUAUUUUUGUGAUGUACCUACAUGUACCUAUAUUUGACAUAUUGGUUUAUGAUAGUUGACAUACUGGUACAAUUUGUAUGUGAUGCAUUUUUUACCAACAUGUAUCUAUGUUUGACACGGUCUGGUAUUGUGGAGAAGGUAGGCUCCUACAUGUAAAUUUGAUAAACUGGGAUGUUAUGUAAGACUAUAUCAACUAUAAAAGUGAAAAGUGUAGCAUUGAAAGUCACAAGUUAAUGAAAAAUAAAGAGGAAUGUAUGUGAAAAUGAAAUGUCAGGUCAACCCUACUUCAGAGAGUACCUGUCUAUUACUACCACCUCUCUACACUGGAACUUGUCAGACUUGUUUUUUCUAUAUCACCCGACUGCCAUCUAUAACUGCCAUUGGUCCUUUGGAUACAACCUGUGUUUAUUCUAUAGUCAAUCCAGUCUGAGAGACCGACUGUCUUUAUAUGGUCAAACCUGACAGAGACCACCUGUCUAUAACUACCCCUUGUCUAUAAUUAUCACAUUUCUAUACCGACCUCUUGCCUAUAACAGUUAAACCUGCCAUAGAGACCUAUUACUCCUUUCUGUGUCUCAUAACCACCUGUCUUAAGAGACUACCUGUCUAUUACUACCGCCUGUAUCCGCCUCUGUCUGUAAUUGCAACCUGUCUAUACCACCGUCUUACCUGCUUUACAGAUUAUUUGUCUACAAGAAAAAAGCUGUUUGUAUAUCAACAACAACUAUUAGAUAAAAACUACUUAUGAAGUUAUAGUUUUGCUCCCUACUUUUGUUUUUCUUUACCAACAAGUUCUUUUGUUAAAUAUUGACUGCAGAAUUAAUAUACUUUUACACAACAAUUUCCCCAUCGUGGUGGUAUGGAUGUAUGUGGAUGUGGUAUACCUGUAUUUAUAGCGGUAAAUGUAUCGAGGACAUCAAUGGCAUGUAGCCCUUUGUCAAAACAAAAAUUUUGCUAAGGGAGAUAACUCCCACUUACUGUGAAUCUUGAAACAUCGCACAUGCCACUUUUCAGGUUUUCAUGUAACACUUGAAAUUAAUAAAUUUAAGUCUCUUCUGUUAAACAGGUUAUUUCUAUAGGUUUAAUAACUGAUUUCAUUUUACCUGCAGAGGGACAAAUAACUAGGUUUUUCAGUCUUGAAAACACCUUCAAUGGAAUAGUUAUUUAAAUCUCCUAAACAACUAGUUGUCUUUAAAAAGAUCUUUUAUUUUAAGGUUCAAGUCAAUUUCAAGGGAUAUAAAAUAAGAUUUGACAUAUUUGGAACUAGAAUGUAUGAUUAUAAUUGUGGGUGAAGGUACAUGGAAUAUAGGUAUUUUUAGAAGAUUACUGUUAUAAAGUGCAUGUACGUUUUUUUCUGUUGAAUUGAGAAUGAUGUAAUGUGCUUGUAGAAAGGAGAUAAAAUCAUUGGGGAACUAUUUAUAUAUAAUCAUAUAUUGCUGCAAGUCUCAUUAUUUUGUAAUAAAGAAAAAAUCAUAAAAUUG